AUGAUGGAGGUCAUGAUAAGCUGGUACCCCACCAUGGGGAGGGUCCGUGAUGGGGAGGUGUCCAUGACUGGGUGCUCGCCGGGGGGAGGUGCCCACCAUGGGGUGGUGGAGGUGGUGGGGAAAUGCUCACGGUGUCCAUGGUGGAGGGAGACGGAGCUGAAGCCCCGCCUGGGCUUCCUCUACCCCGUCCCCAGCCACAACAUCUCCCUCUUCAUCAACGACCAGGAGCGUGACUCGGGGCAGUACCUCUGCACUGUCAACGUGGUGGACGACGUCACCAGCACAGGCAAGAACGUCGGGGUCAUCAAUCUCACCGUCCUGGUGCCACCAGCCCCCCCCUGCCGCCUGCAGGGUCACCCCACUGUGGGCGCCAACAUCACCUUGAGCUGCACCUCAGAGAAGGGGAAGCCAUCACCCACCUACCAGUGGCACCGCACAGCUCCCACCACGCAGAUCUUCUUCCCCCCCGCCCAAGACCAGGCCAAGGGCAUCCUCAAGUUGACCAACCUUUCCAUGGACAUGGCGGGGCUCUACGUCUGCAUGGCUGAGAACCGGGCAGGGUCGGCCGAGUGCAGCGUCCUGCUGGAGGUGCACUCAAGUGACAGCCAGCGCCAAAGCCCGUCAUCGCCGGGUGCCGUGCUGGGCUCCCUGGGCGCCAUCGCCACCGUUGUCUUUUUCACCCGGCGGGUGGUUGGAUACCGGCAGAAGAAACGGGACAGCCAGGAGGAGGUGGCCAAUGAGAUCAAGGAGGACGCCAUCGCCCCCAAGACCCCCUCGUGGGCCCGGAGCCCCCCUGCCGACGCCGUCUCCAAGACCAGCACCUUGUCCUCCCUCGCCAGCAGUGCCCGUGGGAGGCCUUACGGCGCCCACCCCCUCCCUGACACCCACCGGGGAACCCCCCAACGCCUCGGGGGGCGCCCUGGACAUCCCCAAACCCUCAACGGAACCCCCCCCCGACGCCAUCCCAACCCCCCCAGCCUGGCACGGGCAGGUGCCAUCCCUGUCAUGGUGCCAGCGCAGAGCCGGGCUGGCUCUUUAGUGUGACCCCCCCC